UAUGCGCACGCGCAUUGAACAAUCUCACCAGUGUUGGUUGGUGUUGUCUGCAUGGACUACACUUGAAAAUAAAUGAAACCAUUACAUUUUAUUUCCAAAUAACGGUCCUGUGAAUUACUUUAGACUACGUGCAAGCGUACUCACCAUUUUACUCCGUGUGGAUAACGGCGUAGUGAAAGGAGAUCGCAUAGGGUGUUAUGGCUAACGUUAGCUUGCUAAGCUAAACUUCGGUUAGGGUCCGAAGAUAUUAUCAAGCUGGCCUCAACCCGAGGCCAACUGGCCUCCUAACUGAGUAAAAGUAGCGCAAGGAUGUCGGACUCAGACAGUGAUGAAGACCAAGACCGUCCCUUCUCUCUCACUGGCUUCCUCUUCGGGAACAUCAAUGAAGAUGGUCAGCUGGAAGGAGACAGCGUGCUGGACACUGAAUCCAAAAAGCACCUUGCUGGCCUGGGCUCCUUGGGACUGGGCAACCUCAUCACAGAGAUCACUGCUAGUGAGGAGGACGAUCUGGACGAGGAUGGAGACACAGGCUGGGUGAAGAACGAUGCCGAUGCAGUUGAUUAUUCUGACAUCAACGAGGUGGCUGAAGAUGAGACUAAGAAGUAUCGUCAGGCCAUGGGCAGCCUGCAGCCUACGAGGAGAACAGAUGAUGAGGAUGACUAUGAUGCGGAUUGUGAGGAUAUUGAUGCCAAGCUUAUGCCCCCUCCACCACCUCCAUGUCUCCCCACGCCUGGUGGCAAGAAAGACGACUCCUCUCCCACGGCUGCAAGUGUUGGGGAUGAAGGAGACGGGAUCAUCCUGCCCUCCAUCAUUGCUCCUUCCUCUCUGGUAGACAAAGUGGAUUUCAGCAGUUCCUCAGAUUCUGAAUCGGAGACAGACCGGCCAUCUGCAGGCCCUGGGUCAGGGGGUUCUCCAGCCUGCCUCAGCUUGCCCCUGGCUGGCAUCAUGCAGAAGGAUGCUGCCAAAGCCCUGCCUGGUGUCACACAGCUUUUCCCAGAGUUCAGGCCUGGAAGGGUGCUGCGGUUCCUUCGACUGUUUGGCCCUGGGAAGAACAUGCCGUCGGUGUGGCGGAGCGCACGGAGAAAGAGGAAGAGGAAGCACCGCGACCCUCAGCCAGGGACACCCCCACCAGAGGGCGCUGAGCCCAUGGAGCAGCAGGGACCAGAGAAGAAGUCUGGCUGGGACUAUGAAUACGCCCCACCUCCACCCCCAGAACAGUGCCUGUCUGACGACGAGAUCACCAUGAUGGCCCCAAUAGAGUCCAAGUUCUCCCAGACCUCUGGAGACGGGGACAAGGUGACAGAGUCCAGGCCCAAGGUGGCAGAGUGGCGCUACGGUCCGGCCCAGCUCUGGUACGACAUGAUGGGGGUCCCUGACGAUGGAAGUGGAUUCCACUACGGCUUCAAACUGAAGGAGGAGGAGGACGAUGAGCAGGAGAAACGGGAGAGGCCAGAACCACCGCCACCUUUACAACAUCCCAAAGAGGAGGGCAGUGGUGACGAAAAGGACAAACAGGCCCUGGAGAAUGAGCUCUUCCUGAUGGUCACCCAGCUUCAGUGGGAGGAUGACAUAAUUUGGAACGGAGAGGACGUGAAACAUAAGGGCACUAAGACCCAGCGAGCCAGUCUGGCAGGGUGGCUGCCUUCCAGCAUGACCCGCAACGCCAAUGCCUACAAUGCACAGCAGGGUCUGAGUAGGAGUAACUCUCAGCUGGUGCCCCCCACUCCUCCACCUAUGCCCAAAGCCCCUUCCAUUGGCUCUGGCUCCAAGAGGGACAAACACCACCACGACCAUCAUGCCACUCAUGAAGAGGAUGCCCCCUGGUUCUCCAUCUUCCCCAUUGACAAUGAGGAGCUGGUGUACGGGCGCUGGGAGGACAACAUCAUCUGGGAUGACCAGGCCAUGGACCGCAUGCUCUCACCCCCUGUCCUCACCCUAGACCCCAACGAUGAGAACAUCAUUUUAGAAAUCCCAGAUGAGAAGGAGUCUGAGCGUAUGUCCCACUCUCCGUCCAAGGAGAACAAGAAGGAGUCAUCACUAAAGAAGAGCCGCAUCCUGUUGGGGAAGACUGGGGUCAUAAAAGAUGAGCCUCAACAGAACAUGUCCCAGCCUGAGGUGAAGGACCCAUGGAACCUGUCCAAUGAUGAGUUCUAUUAUCCUAAGCAGCAAGGCCUGAGGGGCACCUUCGGUGGCAACAUCAUUCAGCACUCCAUCCCUGCAGUGGAGCUGAGGCAGCCGUUCUUCCCUACUCACAUGGGACCCAUGAAGCUGCGUGGGUUCCACCGGCCCUCUCUGAAGAAGUAUUCAUACGGGACGUUGUCCCAGCCAGGUCCCCACGCAGCCCAGCCCCUACUCAAACAGAUCAAGAAGAAGGCCAAGAUGCGAGAGCAGGAACGCCAGGCUUCCGGUGGAGGUGACAUGUUCUUCAUGCGGACAGCUCAGGACCUGACAGGGAAAGACGGAGACCUGAUUCUGGCAGAGUACAGCGAGGAAUACCCUCCGCUCAUCAUGCAAGUCGGCAUGGCAACCAAGAUCAAGAACUACUACAAGAGAAAACCAGGGAAAGACCCUGGAGCUCCAGACUGUAAGUACGGAGAGACCGUGUACUGCCACACCUCACCUUUCCUGGGCUCCCUGCACCCCGGACAGCUGCUGCCGGCUUUUGAGAACAACCUUUUCCGUGCCCCCAUCUACCUCCACAAGAUGCCAGAGACAGAUUUCCUGGUGCUGCGUACACGGCAGGGCUACUUCAUCAGAGAGCUGGUAGACAUCUUUGUGGUCGGCCAGCAGUGUCCCCUCUAUGAGGUCCCUGGACCCAACUCCAAACGAGCCAACACCCAUAUCAGAGACUUCUUGCAGGUGUUUAUCUAUCGGUUGUUCUGGAAGAGUAAAGAUCGUCCUAGGAGAAUCCGCAUGGAGGACAUAAAGAAAGCUUUCCCCUCACAUUCAGAAAGCAGCAUCCGCAAGCGCCUAAAACUCUGUGCUGACUUUAAGCGUACAGGGAUGGACUCUAACUGGUGGGUGCUGAAGCCUGACUUCAGGCUCCCUACUGAGGAGGAGAUCAGGGCCAUGGUGUCUCCAGAGCAGUGCUGUGCCUACUACAGCAUGCUGGUGGCAGAGCAAAGACUGAAGGAUGCUGGAUAUGGUGAAAAGUCCUUCUUUGCCCCAGAGGAAGAGAACGAGGAAGACUUCCAGAUGAAGAUUGAUGAUGAGGUCCGCACAGCCCCCUGGAACACGACACGAGCCUUCAUCGCUGCCAUGAAGGGGAAGUGUCUACUGGAGGUCAUGGGGGUGGCCGACCCCACAGGCUGUGGAGAGGGAUUCUCUUACGUCAAAGUACCCAACAAGCCCACUCAACAAAAGGCCCAAGACGACCGGGAACCACAACCCGCUAAGAAGACUGUGACAGGGACAGAUGCUGAUCUGAGAAGACUGUCACUCAAAAACGCCAAGCAGCUGCUGCGCAAGUUCGGUGUCCCAGAGGAGGAGAUAAAGAAGCUGUCUCGUUGGGAGGUGAUUGACGUGGUGAGGACCAUGUCCACAGAGCAGGCCCGCUCUGGUGAGGGGCCCAUGAGCAAGUUUGCCCGUGGGUCCCGCUUCUCUGUAGCCGAACACCAGGAGCGCUACAAGGAGGAGUGCCAGAGGAUCUUUGACCUGCAGAACAAAGUAUUGGAUUCCACAGAGGUCCUGUCCACAGACACAGACAGCAGCUCAGCGGAGGACAGUGACUUUGAGGAGAUGGGGAAGAACAUUGAGAACAUGCUGCAGAACAAGAAGACCAGCUCCCAGCUGUCCAGAGAGAAGGAGGAGCAGGAGAGGAAGGAGCUGCAGAGGAUGCUGAUGGGAGAGGAGAGCGACCACAAGGGACGCAAGGGCUUCUCCAGUGCCUUGUCCACAGGCUCCCAUAAAGAUGACGACACGUCCUCGGUCACCAGCCUGAACUCGUCCGCUACGGGACGGCGCCUCAAAAUCUACCGCACCUUCAGAGACGAAGACGGCAAGGAGUAUGUCCGCUGUGAGACGGUCCGCAAACCCUCCGUCAUAGACGCCUACACCAGAAUCAGAACCACCAAGGAUGAUGAGUUCAUAAGAAAGUUUGCUGUGUUUGACGAGCAACACAGAGAGGAGAUGAGGAAGGAGCGGAGGAGGAUCCAGGAACAGCUGAGGAGGCUGAAGAGGAACCAGGAGAAGGACAGGUUCAAGGGCCCCCCGGAGAAGAAGGCCAAGAAGAUCAAGGAGAGGCCAGACCUCAAGCUGAAGUGCGGAGCUUGCGGUGCCAUCGGGCACAUGCGAACCAACAAGUUCUGCCCGCUAUACUACCAGACCAACGCCCCGCCCUCCAACCCGGUUGCCAUGACAGAGGAGCAGGAGGAGGAGCUGGAGAAGACUGUCAUUCACAACGACAACGAGGAACUCAUCAAGGUGGAGGGAACCAAGAUCGUCCUCGGCAAGCAGCUUAUUGAGAGUGCUGAUGAGGUGCGCAGGAAGUCUCUGGUGCUGAAGUUCCCCAAACAGCAUCUUCCCCCCAAGAAGAAGAGACGUGUGGGAACCACUGUACACUGUGACUACCUCAAUAGGCCCCACAAAUCCAUCCACCGCCGACGAACUGACCCCAUGGUCACCCUGUCCUCAGUCCUGGAGAGCGUCAUCAACGACAUGCGGGAUCACCCUAAUACAUACCCCUUCCACACGCCGGUCAAUGCCAAGGUGGUGAAGGACUACUAUAAGGUCAUCCCUCGUCCCAUGGAUCUGCAGACGCUACGGGAGAAUGUGCGCAAGCGUGUGUACCCCUCCCGGGAGGAGUUCAGAGAGAACGUGGAGCUCAUCAUCAAGAACAGCGCCACAUACAAUGGUGCCAAACAUCCAAUAACCCAGGUGGCGCAGACAAUGCUGGACCUUUGUGAUGUGAAACUGAAAGAGAAGGAAGACAGGCUGGUGAGACUGGAGAAAGCUAUCAACCCCCUGCUGGACGAUGACGACCAGGUAGCCUUCUCCUUCAUCCUGGACAACAUCGUCACUCAGAAGAUGAUGGCCGUGCCUGAUUCUUGGCCGUUCCACCAUCCAGUCAACAAGAAGUUUGUUCCAGAUUACUACAAAGUGAUAGUCCAACCCAUGGACCUGGAGAAUGUCCGCAAGAACAUAUCCAAACACAAGUACCAGAAUCGGGAUGUGUUCCAGUUUGACGUCAGCCUGGUCCACACCAACAGUGUCAAGUACAACGGUCCAGACAGUCCUUACACCAAGACGGCCCUGGAGAUAGUCAACGUGUGCAAGCAGACCCUGGCAGAGUAUGAUGAGCACCUGACCCAGCUGGAGAAGGACAUCUCCACAGCUAAAGAGGCAGCUCUGGAUGCAGCAGACCUGGAUUGCCUGGACCCCAUGACUCCUGGAACCUACACAUCACAGCCUGCCGAUGUGUUUGACAGCAGUGCCUCUGUGAGCCUGCACAGAGAGCCCAGACUCUUCUCUGAGGUUAAGGCAUCUCUUAUGGCUGUUCCAGAGAAGAGGGGGUUAGGGAAGGGUCGUCAUAGAAGACUAGGAGAGGAGGAGUCGGAUGUGGACAUCGAGGGCUUCGAGGAGGAGGAGUAUGACUGCAAGCCCAAGACACCAGCUCCUGCUGAGGAUGGUGAGGGAGACCUGGAGGAUGAGGAUGAUGAAGAGGAGAUGCUGUUGCCCCCGCUCCGCAGACGACUGCAAGGCCACGAUGAUGAUUAUGACGAGGAUGAAGGCUCCAGUCGGCCAGCCCAAGCCAGCGUGCUGUACCAGGACCUGCUCAUGUCAGACGGAGAGGAUGAUGCCAGCGAAGAGGAGGGAGACAACCCGUUCUCCUCGAUCCACCUGUCAGAGAGUGGCAGUGACUCAGACAGAGAGGUGGAAGUGCGUCCCCUGCCCCCUCCCAGACCCCACCAAGAGACAGCCCGCAUGGGCCUGGAGCAGGACGACAGCAUGAUGUCAUACGGGGAAGAUGUGCUGGAUGAGACCCACCUGGAGGACAGUAAUGUCAGUUAUGGGAGCUAUGAGGAACCGGAGGGUCAGACCCAGACCCAGACCUCCAGCAUGGGCAAUGGAGAGGGCUACGGCAUGAGUGAGGAAGAGGAGGAAGAUAAAGAGGCAGCUCGGAGGAGGGGUCCCAGUGUACUUUCCCAGGUGCAGCUGAGUGAGGAUGAGGAGGACAGUGAAGAGUUCCGGUCCAUCGGGGGUGAUAGUGACAUGGACUCAGACAACUAGAGAAGUGUUCCACCACAUACACACACACUUAAAGAUGCAAAUGUGCUCUACAAUCAUUAUAACAGACAGAUCCACAUCCAUACACAUGAGUUCAGGCUCACUAAAUGAAUACACCUUAAACUUGCAGGCUGAAUUACAUGCACGUACUGUCAUCAAAACUUUAUCUCAUGUCAAUCAAUCCCCCAAUGAUAGUUAAGACUGUUUUCUGUCCGGUCAUUACCACACCUAUGAAGUCUCUAUGAUAAACUCCUGUGAAAUCAAUAUUGUACAAAAUGUUCAAUCAAACUGAAGUGAGCUUGUUUAUCUAUAAUGGCAGGAUUAAAUUGGAGUUGAUGCUUUAAGUCAAUGUUUUCUACUGGUUAUGCUCUUUUCAGUGUACCGACACAUGUAUAUAUUUUUUUUUACAAUUGAAUAACGUUUUAUUUUAUGGUUGUGCAGAACUUUGGCCAAAAUGAAGAUAUUUGAAUAGUCAGCUUUGACAAUUGUUUGUUUUUUAGUGCCACGUCUCAUCUCGACCUUUUGUCUUGAGACACUGGGUUGAGUGAUCGAAAAAAUACUGUUAUUCCCCAUGAACUAUUAUGAUUGCAGCCUGGAUUUUCAGGCAUUUGAGAUGUUUCCAGCACUGUUACUAGGAAACUCAAACCUCCAAGGAGAUCCUCAAUAAAAACCAGAGAUAAGACCAUCAUCUUUUCAUUGUUUGUUUUUGGGGAUAAAUGUUAGCUGUAUCUGAUGUAACCACGUUGAAGUUGUCCUUUCGUGUUAUUUUGUGUUGCUUAUCGAAAGUGAGAGGCACUUUUGAAUACCAAUCUGCACUAACGCAUUAACAAUAAUAUUAAAUGUUAUUACAUAAGUCUGUUGUGUGUUAUAUGACCAAGGUGCUUCCUGUUUCCCUGCGUUUUUCUAUCCUCCCAUACCUUACAGGCUUGCCCUCGCUCAUAUCUUAGAACAGUGGUCAUACAAACUGAACAUGAACUCUGCUCCACCGUAAACUCAUUAUGAUUGUAUGGAGUCACGUAGAUAGUGUGUUAAGUAUAAAAUAGUACAGUAUGUGUGUGAAGAUGAAGGGCUAUAGUUUGCUGUGUUUAAUAUUUCUGCCCCCUGUCACAGUUAUUGGACAAACGACACCAGAUCCAAGUUGUGUAACAGUAGAUGACUUUGAAGUGUGCACGGGAACUGCAUAUCCAUGCAAUGUUGAGAAAAGCAAAUGAAACCGUAAGGACAAGAAACCUUUCUGUAGGUGUAACAACUACAUAGACAAGUGGUACAUACGGGAGAAGUGUGACUUUGAGUGGACCAUAUUGAACUUUGCCCUGGUAUCAUCUCUACCAGGACUGGCCCUGGCUGUUAUUGUUGGUGUGAUAGUCCAGUGUGUCCAUUACUUAAGGAAACCAGCAAAGAAACAAAAGGAUCGGACAACGGGUUACACAAACUAUGCAAUGUCACUGACAACAUAUUAUGAAAAUAACCAAGAUGACAUGUUCUCCAACACAGUGUUUGCCUCAGACAUGCCGAAUCGGCCAAAGCCUCCCAGUGUCCAGCCCACCCAGGAGAGGUUUCCCAACCGCCCUUACUGGUUAGCUGUCUGAACACAAUUCAACAUGCCAUUGGUUUUCACUUUCAUUAUAGGGGCCCUUAUUAUAGUGUGCAAUGUUAUAAUGUGCUUUCAUUGAAAUGUUGAUCUCUCUACUCUCUUAGCCUUCAACCAAGCGGCAUGCUGCCCACUUUAGACAGAUUGUCUUUGCCAACCCUACAAGGCAGCCAUACAAGUAAGAACCUUGGUGGUGUUUGCUUUCGGUCUGAUACUUUGUUCAAUGGCAGUGAAGUCAUACCCAUUCUGUGCGUAUAACCAUGUUCUGGGUGGUGGACUAAAAAUGGAAACAACAUUAGAGACGACAACAGGGCAACGCCCCCUCGACAGAGAAUGAGUAGUCACCCAGUGAUUUGAGGAGCAUGAGUCAUGAUGCCCCGGACAUUAUCCUUAUCAAAUCUUAUUAGUCACAUGUGCCGAAUACAACAGGACACCUGUGGUGAAAUGCUUACUUAUACAAGCCCCUAACCAGCAAUGCAGUUUAAAAAAAAAGUAUGAAUAAGAAUUGAAAGUAACAAGUAAUUAAAGAGCAGCAGUAAAAUAACAAUAGCGAGUCUAUAUACAGGGGGUACCAGUACAGAGUCAAUGGGCGGGGGCACCGGUUAGUUGAGGUAAUAUGUACAUGUAGGUAGAGUUAUUAAAGUGACUAUGCAUAGAUGAGCAGUUGCCAUACCAGGCAGUGAUGUAACCAGUCAGGAUGCUCUGGAUGGUGCAGCUGCAGAAUCUUUUGAGGAUUUGAGGACCCAUGCCAAAUCUUUUCAGUCUCCUGAGGGGAAUAGGUUUUGUCGUCCCCUCUUCACGACUGUCUUGGUGUGCUUGGAGCAUGUUAGUUUGUUGGUGAUGUGGACACCAAGGAACUUGAAGUUCUCAACCUGCUCCAGUAUAGCCCCAUCGAUGAGAAUGGGGGCGUGCUCGGGUCCUCUUUUUCCACAAUCAUCUCCUUUGUCUUGAUCACGUUGAGGGAGAGGUUGUUGUCCUGGCACCACACGACCAGGUCUCUGACCUCCUCCCUAUAGGCUGUCUCGUCGUUGUUGGUGAUCAGGCCUACCACUGUUGUCAUCGGCAAACUUAAUGAUGGUAUUGGAGUGGUGCCUGGCCGUGCAGUCAUGAGUGAACAGGGAGUACAGGAGGGGACUGAGCACGCACCCCUGAGGGGCCCCCAUGUUGAGGAUCAGUGGGGCGGAUGUGUUGUUACCUACCCUUACCACCUGGGGCGGCCCGUCAGGAAGUCCAGGAUCCUGUUGCAUAGAGAGGUGUUUAGCCCCAGGGUCCUUAGCUUAUUGACGUGCUGCAAGUUCUGGACCAUCACACUGGAUCUUCGUUGCUAGCUAGUUACUACCGAGUGGGUAGUAACUAGAAGCAUGCACCAGCUAGCCUCGAGCUAGGCCCAUUUCCCGGCAAGUAAACAAAGUACACCAACUACAAUACCUCUCUUGCCAAUUGGCCUGGACCCUUUGUCGACACGGAGCCCCGCCAAUCCAUCACGACUGGUCUGCUGACGUAAUUCGGCCGAUGUGCGUCGUGGAUGUUGGUGUUGAUCCAUCUGCUAGCCCCGGCCUGCUAGCUUCCUGAGCACUGUGUCUCCCGCUCUCCUUACGUAGUAAUCGACUACCUGAACCUGCUCCCUGUUUCAUCUUUGCUGCGCAUUGGACCCUAUGAGAACUCGGCUACACAACUGAUGCCUGCUGGACUGUUCAUUAACACGGUACUUUAUUUUGUUUAUCUGUCGGCCCCAGCCUUGAACUCAGGGCCUGUGUGUAGCUAUCUGACCCUCUCUGCCCAUUCAUUGCCAUUUACCCAUUGUUGUUGUCCUAGCUGUUUACCCAUUGUUGUCUUAGCUCUCCCAAUCAACAUCUGUGAUUGCUUUAUCAAGUCAAAUUGAUUUAUAUAGCCCUUCGUACAUCAGCUGAUAUCUCAAAGUGCUGUACCGAAACCCAGCCUAAAACCCCAAACAGCAAGCACGUUGGCUCGGAAAAACUCCCUAGAAAGGCCAAAACCUAGGAAGAAACCUAGAGAGGAACCAGGCUAUAAGGGGGUGGCCAGUCCUCUUCUGGCUGUGCCGGGUGGAGAUUAUAACAGAACAUGGCCAAGAUGUUCAAAUGUUCAUAAAUGACCAGCAUGGUCAAAUAAUAGGUCUGGGACAGGUAGCACGUGCGGUGAACAGGUCAGGAUUCCAUAGCCGCUUGCAGAACAGUUGAAACUGGAGUAGCAGCACGGCCAGGUGGACUGGGGACAUCAUGCCAGGUAGUCUUGAGGCAUGGUCCUAGGGCUCAGGUCCCCCGAGAGAGAGAGAGAAAGAAAGAGAGAAUUAGAGAGAGCAUACUUAAAUUCACACAGGACACCGGAUAAGACAGGAGAAGUACUCCAGACAUAACAAACUGACCCUAGCCCCCCGACACAAAAACUACUGCAGCAUAAAUACUGGAAGCUGAGACAGGAGGGGUCAGGAGACACUGUGGCCCCAUCUGAUGAUACCCCCAGACAGGGCCAAAGAGGAAGUAUAUAACCCCACCCACUUUGUCAAAGCACAGCCCCCACACCACUAGAGGGAUAUCUUCAACCACCAACUUACCAUCCUGAGACGAGGCCAAGUAUAGCCCACAAAGAUCUCCGCCACGGCACAACCCAAGGGGGAGCGCCAACCCAGACAGGAAGAUCACAUCAGUGACUCAACCCACUCAAGUGACGCACCCCUCCAAGGGACGGCAUGAAAGAACACCAGUAAGCCAGUGACUCAGCCCCUGUAAUAGGGUUAGAGGUAGAGAAUCCCAGUGGAAAGAGGGGAAUGCCUUUCUCUAAUGUCAAUAUGCCUUGUAUACUGUUGUUUAGGGCAGCUCUUAUUGUUUUAUUUUACAGCGGAGUCCUGCUCAACAUGCUGCUCAACAUGCUUCAGAUAGCCCCCUUGUCAGAACCCCCACAAAGGCGGAGACCACACCGAGCUUAACUGGCGCCUCCAAAGAUGAAACCUCUCUUAUCAUCACUCAAUGCCUAGGUUUACCCCCACUGUACUCGCACCCUACCGCACCCUUGUCAGUACGCUAUGCCCGGAAUCAGAAAUCCCAGAAAUCUGCUCCUUUUAUUAUCUGUUCCCAAAGCACUAGAUGGCCAGUACUUAUAGCCUUUAGCCGUACCCUCAUCCUGUUCCUCUGGUGAUGUAGAGAUUAACCCAGGCCCUGUGUGUCCCCAGGCACUCUCAUUUGGUGACUUCUGCAACCGUAAAAGCCUUGGGUUCAUGCAUGUUUACAUCAGAAGCCUCCUCCCCAAGUUUGCUUUAUUUACUGCUUUAGCACACUUUAGCCAACCCUGAUGUCCUAGCCGUGUGUCAUUCUUGGCUUAGGAAGGCCACCAAAAAUUCGGACAUUUCCAUCCCCAAUUACAACAAUUUCCAUCAAGAUAGAGCUGCUAAAGGGGGCGAAAUUGCAAUCUAUUGUAAAGGUGGCCUGCAGAGUUCUGUCAUACUAUCCAGGUCUAUGCCCAAACUGUUCGAGCUUCUACUUUAAAAGAUCCAUCUCUCCAGUCUUAAGGAAUCUCAGACGAUACGAAAGAGAGGUUGAACAGGCUAGUAAUAGGGGACUAGUAAUAACAGACUAGUAAUCUCUGUCAAGCGCUCCCUAAAACACUUCUGCUAGCAGCACUUUCUAAUCGACCUGGUGUCACGCCCUGGCCAUAGGCUUUUUAUUCUCUAUUUUGGUUAGGCCAGGGUGUGACAAGGGUGGGUGUUCUAAGUUAUUUUUUCUAUGUUUUCUUAUUACUUUGUUUUUGGCCGGGUAUGGUUCUCAAUCAGGGACAGCUGUCUGUCGUUGUCUCUGAUUGAGAACCAUACUUAGGUAGCUCUUGCCCACAUGGAUUUUGUGGGUAGUUAUUUUCUGUUUCCGUGUGAGUGUUUGGACCACACGGUACUGUUUCGGUUUUGUGUAUUUCACGUUUAUUAUUUUGUUCCAGUGUUCAGUUGUGUUUUUGAAUAAAUCAAUAUGGACACUUAC